AUGGAUCCCCGUUUCACGUCUCCAACCGAACCUCCGCGGCGCAAGUCUAAAGUAUCCUUGAGUCAACUCCUGGCGCAUAUACGCUCUACGGAUCAACGUGAGGGCAUUCAAGGCUUCAUCUUCAACUCGCCCGCACCGUCAGUUGCCUCGUCACGGAGCAGUAGCUUCACUCGUCGGAGAUCAAGUUGCGUGAUUCCUGAUAGUCGACAUCCAUCAGACCGAAGUAUUAUACUCGUCCCUUCUUACGAUUCCGAAUCGGACUCGGACUGUGAAUGUCAAUCGGCCAUUACUGCCAGCUCGAUCGGCAGCUUUACGCGUAAAGGAAGUGGUACUCCAUCUCAUCUUCGUUGCAUUGUCGAAGUAGAUGGAGAAAAGCCAACGCUCACUACGGACUGUCCUCUGGCCCAGAACACCGCGCCCAGCUUGCCUAGCCAUGUGCGUCAACGGAGACCCCCGCCCUUGGGACUCCGUUGUGUCGUUGAUGUCUCUCGUGAUCCUUCCUUGGACACCUGGACGUUCAGCACCGCCGACAGCGGAUUGGCCGUCAAGACACCCAGUAGCGUGGACAGCUUCAAAUGCAAAGGCAUACCCUUUGACGAGCACGUGGGGUCUACGGUUUUCGUACCUGUGGAAAAGGCGCCGAAGAAGCCACCGAUGUCUGCGCCUGCGACGGAUUGGGCAGCCUUUUUCAGAACGGACAUCAGCACUGGACCUCCCCCAGUCAACAAGGCUACUCGUCCGCGCAAAUCUUCCGUGGGUGAAACGGUGAAGAAGCCACGUCCGCUCCCGCCACUCCCUACCCGUCUGAUCAACCACACUCCAGCUAGGGCACAAACCUACCCCCCAGCCAAGUCGCAGAAUCGCCGGCCUCUCGACGCACCUCCUGAUUACUCUCUUGUCGACCCCUCGCUAGAGGUACAGUGCGUCAAAGCAUCGCGUCGGAGAGGUGGCUUGUUCUCUCCUCUUGCUGGUGGUAGCUACCCGCCGCAACUGGUGAAACAGAGCAGUGCUCCUCUUCAGCAUUCACGUCUCGAUGCCAAAAUUCUGCCUACUGACGAUAUCGAUCCUCCAAGGACAAUGCGACAAAAGAUUAAGAACGGCAUCGCCUCGAUGCACGGAAAGUCCAAUUCGCAAGAUUCGGCAUCUCGGAAACCAUUGAGAGAUGCUUCGUCUCGCAACAACUCGCUCGAGGGAGGACAGCCAUGCAAACUUUCGCUCUCCAAGACGUUGCGCAAAAAGUCGAUCGGUUCGAGGAAAAAGUCGCUGCCGAGUGCAUGGUUUGAUGAUGAUGAAUGCACGGACGGGAGUAGUGACAAAGAGUCCGGCAUCACCCUGGUAGUUCCCGCAAGGAUCCAACACGAACAUACACCACAAACUCAGGGAAGCAGUCCCUUUGAUCCAAACUUCUCCUUCGCUCGACGGUGCCAGCCUCGCCUGUCUGUGUCAGAGGCACCUGCCCCACGCUGGCGGCGCCUCUAG